AUGCCCGGCUUCCGCCGCUGGGGCAAAUCCAAAUUCGAGCGGAAUCCCGAGUCGUCGUUCAAGCUCCUCGCCGCCAUCAUCGUCAUCACCCUCUACCUGCUCUUCAAGGAGUUUCAGAACCCGACUAUUCGCGACAGAGACGUGCCGUCUGUCGGCGCGCAGAUACAAUAUGCAAAUUGGAAUGGCACGGGAAAGGCGGAAGAGGCGCGCGCAAAGAGCGUGCGGGAUGCGAUGAAAUACACCUUCUGGAAGUACCGGGAGAAUGCAUGGGGUUGUGACGAUGUCCUGCCUGUGUCGGGUGGAAACUCGACGUCCAGGAAUGGCUGGGGCGCUUUCAUCGUUGACUCGGCUAGUACUUUGGCUCUCAUGGGACUGUGGGACGAGCUGGCGCAUUCGCUCGAGCACAUACUGGCCAUUGACUUCACCCAAGCAACAAACCUCGUAGACCCGUUCGAGACCACGAUACGCUAUCUAGGCGGCCUCCUGUCGGUCGUGGAAAUAUACGACGUCGGAAUGAUACCGGAAGAUGUACUGACGGGCGAGGCGCGCGAUCUGAUACUCGAGCAUGCCAUCACUCUGGCAGAGAAGCUUGCUCCAGCAUACGAUACCCCUACCGGCAUGUUAUGGCCUCGCGUAGAUUUCAGCACCGGACAGGGCGAACCAGACCCCCAUUUCAUUCUAAAAGACGACCCAGCAGAGCGCGAGUUCGAACAUCCGGCCAUAGGCCCUGCCCGAGCUGGCUCCUCCAUACUCGAGAACCGCGUCCUUACCAAACUGACCGGCGACCACAUCUACACGCAAAACUCCACAAACGCCUGGGCAUCCCUCGUAUGGUCGCACUGGAAGACACCAUGGCCAGGCAUGGUCGACGCUCCCAUCGACAUCAUGAGUGGACAGCCCGUGGGCCGACACCGACACUGGGACGGCGGCCACGACUCGUACUACGAAUACCUAGUCAAAAUGACGCUCCUCGCCCCUCCCUCUGACCCGCACCUAUCUGCAUAUAAAACAACUUUCUUGCAAGCCGCCUACUCGCUGCGCAAGCAUCUCAGCUCGCGCUCCGCCCCCGCCGCCGAACACUACACCCAACACCUCUACAUUGGCCGCCAAAACGACAAACGCUACGAAAACCACCAGGGCCACCUCGCCUGCUUCGCCCCGGGAACUGUGCUCCUCGCCUCCAGACUCUACGACCAACCCCACCUCCACACCUUUGCACUCGCUCUCCUCGAAGGCUGUCAUCACGCAUACACCAGCACGCCCACGAAAAUCGGACCAGAGUCGUGGUCCUGGAUCCCGAAAUUCAGUUACGACACUCCUCUCUACAUGCCAGAGACGACGCGCCAGAAGAACGAAGCGCUCAAGAGUGGGAUCUGGGCGAGGGAACCCGCAUACAAGGGUAGACCAGAGUAUGUGGAGAGUCUGUUUUACGCGUGGCGUAUUACGGGCGAGCAGCGGUAUAGGGAGUGGGCGUGGGAGGCAUGGCAGGCGCUAGAGAAGCAUUGCAAAGCACCGUACGGGUAUGCGCAGUUGAAGGAUGUCUACGAUGCGAAGGAGACGGGGAAAGAGGGUGGGAAUUGGGUGGAUAUGCAGGAGAGCUUUUGGCCGGCUGAGACGCUGAAGUACCUCUGGUUGACGUUUUCGGACGUCGAAGAUGAUGAGAUAGCGAAGACGGGAUGGAAGACGGGAUGGAAGAUUGGAUAG